CGCUGCUCUGUGCUUUGAAGCCAUGGCAAUGAAGCUGACUUGUUGUUGUCUUUUGGCACUCAUCCUGCUUGGCUGUUGGGCUGAUGCUCAAAAUUAUGGGCAGGGGUCUCAGAACCCUCCAUCUCCAAAGAGGCCAAAGCCAGAGACCCCUAGGUACCCCCCUUCCCCACCUCAGCAGCCUUCAAAGCCUCAACAGCCUCAACAGCCUCAGCAACCUUCGAAGCCUCAGCAGCCCAAACAGCCUCAGCAGCCUCAAAAUCCUUUAGCACCAUUUCACACUUGUGAAGUUGCUGAUAACUACAAGAUAAGGUGUGGUGCUUCUACAAUCUCUGCUUCAGAAUGUGAUGCUAUAAACUGCUGCUUUGAUGGACACAUGUGCUAUUAUGGCAAAUCUGUGACACUUCAGUGCACCAAGGAUGCCCAGUUUAUUGUGGUGGUGGCCAGAGAUGCCACUCUACCCAACAUUGAUUUGGAGUCAAUUUCUUUCAGUGAGAAGGGUCAAAACUGCAAUCCAGUUGGCACCACUUCAGCUUUUGUCAUCUACCAGUUCCCUGUCACCACCUGUGGCACAGUUGUAAUAGAGGAACCUGGUGUUGUAAUCUAUCAGAAUAAGAUGACUUCCUUAUUUGAAGUGGUUACUGGACCCUAUGGAUCCAUUACCAGGGACACUUACUAUGAGUUGUGGGUCCAGUGCAGAUAUGUUGGCACCACAGUUGAGGCUUUGGUUAUUGAGGUUGGUCUGGUUCCUCAGCCAAUCCCAGUUGCAGCUGCUGGACCCCUGCGUGUGGAGCUCAAGCUCGCCAACGGACACUGCAUUGCCAAGGGUUGCAUUGAAGAGGAGGAGGCCUACACCUCCUUUUACACUUCUGCUGAUUACCCUGUCAGAAAGGUUUUGAGGGAUCCAGUUUACGUUGAGGUCUACAUGAUGGAGAGGACAGAUCCCAACCUUGUCCUGACUCUUGGAAGAUGCUGGGUAACCUCUAGCCCCUACCCUCAUAGCCUUCCUCAGUGGGACUUGCUAAUUGAUGGCUGCCCCUACCGUGAUGACCGUUACCUAACAACCCUGCUUCCUAGACCCUCAUCGGGAUACAAGUUCCCGAGCCACCACAGGCGCUUUGUUUUCAAAUUGUUCAGUUUUGUAGGUGAUCGUGUAGUCAGUCCAGGCCAGAAAGUGCCUAAAAAUCCAGACAAUAUGCCUCCUAUCCAAGAAAAGCUGUAUAUUCACUGUGAUGUAGCUGUUUGCCAACCUACUCUUGGAAAUAACUGUGAACCUAGGUGCCUCAGAAAGCGGAGAGAAAUUGCUGGUUCGAUCAAGAAAGGCACCAGAGAAGACACCAGUGUGGUUAGCAGCCUGGAGCUUAUCUUUGUGGAAACAGAUCCUAACAGAUCAUCCUCAUGAUGCAAUCCUUGAAAUGACUGUGUUUAAAAUAAA